UUGGAAGGGGUCUGCACGGAAUAUUCAGUGUUGCUUGUCAACAUAAUGCACAUUGUUUUGACACCAUUUACCAAAGUUGAAGAAAGUUUCAAUACACAAGCAGUGCACGAUAUUUUAUUUCAUCGCUUCAACUUCACAGAGUACGAUCAUCAUCAGUUUCCAGGAGUUGUACCGCGUACUUUCAUCGGUCCUUUGGCUAUUAGCCUACCACUUUUUAUUUUCGCUCCUCUUUUACGUUGGAUGAAUAUUCGCAAAUAUGUACUUCUUAUUGCUGGUUUCGCUGCGGUCUUGAAUGCAUUUUUCAACUUUGCUAGACGGAUUGAACUCGUUUUCGGAGGGUUAGCAGGAGAAUUCCUCAGGUUGAUUGUUAUGACGCAGUUCCAUUUCAUGUUCUAUAGUUCCAGACCUCUUCCUAAUAUAUUUGCUCUAGUUGGAGUGCUUUGGACGUACAAUAUGCUUUUUGACGGGCGAUGGUUACGCGCCGCUCAGAUUGCAACAGUUUUUACACUGCUUUUCCGAUGUGAGCUUAUCUUGCUUUUUGCCUGCAUUUUUGCGUUCCCGCUUUUGUCUGGCUAUUUGCCUCUACUUGGCCGCCGUGGUGUUAUUCCUCAUUGCUUGUUCGCAGCUGUUUUAGCUUUAGCUAUCUCAAUACCAAUUGACUCCUUUUUCUGGCGGCGCUGGGUGUGGCCUGAAGGAGAAGUGUGGUGGUUCAAUGUGGUAAUGAAUAAAAGCCAUGAAUAUGGCGUCUCGCCUUAUUUUUGGUAUUUUUAUUCGGCGAUCCCUCGAGCACUUAUGGCUUCGAUCCUUCUUGUUCCUUUCGGCCAUCUAUUUGAUCGCAAAUUAUCCACGCUUACAGUACCUGUUCUGGGCUAUGUUUUGUUAUAUUCGUUUCUUCCUCACAAGGAGCUUCGAUUUAUCAUCUACGUUAUCCCAGUUUUGAACGUCGCGGCUGCUGUUUGCUGUGCAAGACUGCGUGGGCAACCUUUGCGGAGAUGCGGCCAUGAUUUAAAUACGCUCGCGAGCCACCUUUUAAUAAAACCCAGGUGCGUUGCUACAAGGCUUGCUCCUGCGAUCAAGCAUUUUUGCGCAAAAUUUGACGCAGUCAGAUCGAUAGAAGUAUGA